UGUAAUUGCAGAGGCUCAGCUACCAGUCAAAAGAACGUUUACUUCCUCUGUAAUUACACUCCUCCCACUCUUCGCUGAUCCUCUUCCGUUCCGUAUAUAUAAACAACUGCUCCGACCGACCUUAAUAAUAUAUCAGUGAUCACUCCCCGAAGAGAAGCAAGCAAACAUGGUAGGUGUAGGUGAGAUCUUUGUUGUUACAGGUUCUGGGCAGGGUCAUCUCCACCCAUGCAUGGAGCUCUGCAAGCAUUUUUCCUCCCGAAAUUACCAUACUACCCUCGUCAUUCCUUCCACUCUCUCUUCUUCCAUCCCCUCCUCCUUUUCUCAAAACCCACUCACUGGUAUUGCGCACAUCGCCGGGACUUCGGGCCCUCCCAUGCCCAGAUCCGACUCGCUCCGCCAGCAGGCCGCCGAAGACCUCGAGGCCCACCUCGCUGGCCGCUCCAAGCUUCCCGACUUGCCCCCUCCUAUCUGCGCUGUCAUCGACUUUCAGAUGGGUUGGACCAAAGGGGUAUUCUGGAGAUUCAACAUCCCGGUCAUCGGCUUCUUCACGUUUGGCGCGUGCGCCGCCUCCAUGGAGUGGGGCGCGUGGAAGGCCCAGGCUGGUGAUGUCAAACCGGGCGAUGUCCGUUUAAUUCCCGGGUUACCCGAAGAGAUGGGUCUAACGUGUUCGGAUCUUAAACGACGACCUGGGGGUCCUCCACGUGGCGGUCCCCCUGGUUCCGGUCCGAACAGGCCGCCGGGUGGAGGAGGAGGGGGUCCGCCCAAGCCGGGUGACCGGCCACCUUGGGUCCCAGAAGUGGAGGGCUCAGUCGCGUUGAUGUUCAACACGUGUGACGAUCUCGAGCGUCCCUUCCUCGAAUACAUGACCAAUCAGAUGGAGAUGCCGGCGUGGGGUGUGGGCCCACUCUUGCCUGAGCAGUACUGGAAGUCGUCGGAUGCAUUAAUCCGUGACCGUGAGAUCAGACAGAAUUCCCGCCGCUCUAAUUACACGGAGGAUGAGGUGAUCCAAUGGUUAGAUUCGAAGCCGCGUGGAUCGGUACUGUACGUUGCCUUCGGUAGUGAGGUGGGCCCCACUAUGGAGGAGUAUCCACAAUUGGCCAGUGCGUUAGAACAGUCAACCCGACCGUUCAUCUGGGUCAUACAACACGGGUCGGGCAGAUCGAAACCCGUUGGCGGUGGUCAACCCGGUUCUUCGGAGGAAGGGUACUUUCCUGAUGGGUUGGAUAGUAAAGUGGGUGAUAGGGGUUUGAUAAUACGCGGAUGGGCACCACAACUGUUGAUACUGAGCCAUCCAUCAACGGGUGGAUUUUUAUCACAUUGCGGGUGGAACUCGACGGCUGAAGCGAUUGGGCGUGGGGUGCCCUUUUUGGCAUGGCCCAUAAGGGGUGACCAAUACUAUAACGCCACGUUGGUGGUGAAGCAUCUGAAGGUGGGGUAUAGGGUGGCUGAAGAUUUGUCGGAAAUGGUGAAAAAGGAGGAUAUUGUGAAAGGAGUUGAGAGGGUAAUGGGGGACGAAGAGAUGCAUGAAAGGGCAGCAAGGCUUCGCUCUAAGUUUGAGAAUGGGUUUCCGGCGAGUUCGGAGGCUGCAUUGGAUGCUUUUGGGGAUUUUAUUAUCCAAAAGAAAGGCAUCUUAAAUAAAUAAAAUCACUUUGUAUGCGAUUGUUCGUAAUAAAGUCUUAAGUCUACCUUGUUUAUCCGCCUUUUACUGUUUGAAAGCUUGGUUUAAUCUAUGGAUUAAUUGGCUU